GAUUAUUUGGUCAGCUCUUGAUUUUUGUUGAAAAACAUCUUCAGUUAAUGUUUAAAGUUGCAAACGGGAAGAUGUUUACAUUUCGCUUUAAUUCUUAUCGGAUUUUUCAAUAUUUAUUGAUAUUAAUUUUUGUGUCAAGUGAGGUGAUUGCCGGACAAACGCCUAAAAAAUGUGCAGCAUUUAAUGAAUAUUGUCAAAAUCAUUGGGAUUGCUGUUCCAAUAGCUGUAUGAGUUAUUUGUAUCGUUGUACCCGCGGUUACAAUGUCUAUCCUUAUCCUUUUUUGGGCGUCAGCUUUAAACCAAGUGUAACCUUAGAUCAGAUACUGGAACAGAACUUUGGCAGUUCGAAUUAUAUACCAGUUACACAGCCUAAACCUUAUUUUGCUAGUCGUUUUGGUGUUCCUGAUGAUGCUGGUACUACUGAAGUUGAAAUUGUUUUACAAACAAAAUCGGAUGAAACCAAUCAGGAAUCGAGCACUUUAAAAAAUCCUGUUAUAAUGGAACAAUCAACAACCUUCAAAAAUCCUGUUGUUUUGCAACAGGAGUCCACAACUUUAAGAAAUCCCGUGGUAUUGCAGGAAAAUACAGCUGUAUUUGAAAAUCGUUUAGGUGAAGAGGUAACCGAAACUCAAAAGAAAACCACUGAUGAUGUCCAAACCACCCAAACAACUUUAGACACAAGCACAACUGAAAAACCCUCAUGCUCAGAGAUUGGUGUAAAGUGCUACACAAAUGAUGAAUGUUGUACCAAACGUUGCCAUGGAUUUUUACAUCAGUGUGUCACAUAAAUACCAGACAAGAUAUAAAUUUGGUAAAAACAUUGUAAUCUAAAAUCUAUAUGAAUGAAUGCUUGAAUUCAAAUUAUUCUUUUUAAUAACAAUAAAUUCUAUUUUAAUUUUAAGCAAUUACUAAAAUAUAAAGAUUUUUAAACAAAAAAAAAUAAAAACUUUACUUUCUCACAGAAAUAAAUUCAUCUUUCUAUAGAAAAUGUCAUAAUCAUUGUUUUUAAGUGCAUUUAAAUAUAUACUGUAAAUCAUUAAGUGAGUACGUAGGAUUAUCAAUUAUAAAAGUUAUACUACCAAAAUAAAUAUUGUAUUACGAAAUUUGCAAAUAUCAACAAAAGCAAAAAAGGUAUUAAGCACAUAGUACUUUAAAAAGAUAUUGUUGACAAAAAAAAUCAUGUGGCGUAAUUUUUUCUUAAAAAUCUUUAAAAAAAAAACAACUUCAAUUAAGUUAUUGUUAAGUCACGCACAACUUAUUCGCAUUUAAGACAAUAAAUAUUUGUUUUUGUCGUUGAAGUGUA